CGGGGUUGCCGAGGGGCAUAGGAAAAAAAAAAUAUUUUUAUUUUUAUUUUUAUUUCAUGUGCAUAGCGAGACAAUCGCGAUUGACCACUUCCGACCUACGUUUUAAACCAGCAAACCUUCAAUUUUUCUUCUGCAAGACCCGAUAAAUAAUUCUCAGUUUUACGAAUUAUUAACUAGACAUUAUGUCUAAACGUACGGCGGAUGUCGGAGACGAGCAUGCCCCUCUAAAGGGAGGGGUCCGUCCCGAGCCCAUGGAUGUAGAUGAUAAGGAAAUGGGCGAAUUCGCAGACGAAUUCGAGGAUGAGUUUGAGAGCGAGGACGAGAUUUUUGAGGCUGGUGUUGACGGUAGACCCGACGCAGAGCGUGAAGCGGAAGAGAAUGCAGCCAGUGCCAUGGAUGUCGACGACAGCACUUUCAUCGUUGGGCGCAAUAAGCUUGAGGCCGGCCAACAUCUCGCUCCAGAUCUGGGCACCUACGAAAUGCUUCAUAACCUCAGUACCCCCUGGCCCUGUCUCUCCUUUGACAUCGUCCGCGAUAAUCUUGGCGAUAACCGGGAAAAGGCCUACCCUGCUACCAUGUAUACCGUCGCCGGCACUCAAGCCGAAAGCGGGCGCGAGAAGGAGAACCAGCUUAUGAUCAUGAAGUUUAGCGGUUUGAGUCGCAUGCAGAAGGAUGGCCAAGAUUCCGAGUCUGAAGAUGACUCCGACUCCGACGAUGAAGACUCAGAUCCUAUUCUCGAGUCCAAGUCGAUCCCACUAACAUCGACUACAAACCGCAUCCGCAGCCACCAGAUCCCCUCCCAAGACCCUUCGAAACCACCUACAACUCUCACUGCGACCAUGACCGAGUCUAGCAGCAUCUUCAUACACGACGUCACCCCUCAUCUAGCAUCUUUCGACAACCCCGGAACCGUCAUCACGCCUCAACAGAACAAGCCCCUUUCUACAAUCCGAGCCCACAAGUCGGAAGGUUAUGCGCUCGACUGGUCGCCUAUGGUGCCUGGUGGUAAGCUACUUACCGGUGACAACGACGGCCUGAUAUACGUUACGACGCGCACAGACGGCGGGGGCUGGGUCACAGACACACGCGCGUUCCAGGGGCACACCAGCAGCGUAGAAGAGAUCCAAUGGAGUCCGCAAGAAGCAUCCGUGUUCGCAUCCGCAUCUAGCGACGGCACAGUGCGCGUAUGGGACGUUCGCAGUAAGAGCCGGAAACCCGCCAUCACAGUACAGGUCAGCUCGGUAGACGUAAACGUGAUGUCGUGGUCACGCUUAACAACCCACCUCCUCGCGACGGGAGCCGACGACGGCGUAUGGGGCGUAUGGGAUCUGCGGCAGUGGAAGGGCGGCGCGCAGAAGCCGAGCCCCAUCGCCAGCUUCAACUACCACAAGGAACAGAUCACCAGCGUCGAGUGGCACCCCACUGACGACAGCAUGGUGGCUGUCGCCGCAGGUGAUCACAAGGUUACCCUGUGGGAUCUGUCUGUCGAGCUGGACGACGAGGAGAGUAAGGAUACCGCGGGCGUUAAGGACAUGCCGCCCCAGCUCCUCUUCGAACACAUCUCCGAGCACGCGAAGGAACUCCACUGGCAUCCCCAGAUUCCUGGUACCCUGGUAGCCACGGGCCAGGAGUUCAGCGUCUUUAGGCCUAUACCUGUUGUUUAUGGUAUUCACACGAAAUGAUAUAUAUCGACAUAGAUUAAAAAAAAUAAAUGCUUACCUGGCGAGCACCGAGUCUUCUUCAAUAGGUGUAAGAACGGAAGAGGGAGAAGCCCUCUUGUUAUUAGGUACUUCCUCGCGGGCUAGAAUCUAUAGCGCCUAGGGAUCAAGGGCAGAGUUAAAACCCAUCUUCAGUAGUCUCUAAACCUACAGCGGACUUGGCUUAGGGUUACGAAGAUGUUGCGCAGGCAGUAAUUUCAGAGGUAGUAUUACGUCGUCAGCAAUCUGCUCUGCGGUAAGGGACACUAUUCGGUAUAGGAGUUGGUCGCGACGAAGCUGCUCGUCGGGGAUAUCUAGAAUCGAAGUUCUGGUACUAACCAGGUACCUACCUAGGUAACUAUGGGGGUUUUGCUAUGCGAUCUUUGCGGUUCAUAAAAUAGAACACUAGGGUAGGUUAGGGUAGGGUGUUAGUUCAGAUAUCAAAAAGGGGAAAGCCUAUAAACUUAUUCUAAA